AUGAAGCAGACUGCCGACGCCCUCCACGACGUUGGCCAAGCCGUAUCCGAGCCUCAGCUUGUGCUAAAUUUGCUUCGUGGUCUCAACCCACGAUUCGCAAAUUCUGUGGACAUCAUCGCCAACUCGGCGGUGCUUCCGUCCUUCACCUCAGCGCACAAUACCCUCCGGCUCAAGGAAAUUCGCCUCGCCUCCGACGCCAAGGUCUCCUCCGACACUGCCCUUACUGCAGUUGACACCUCCGUCCCUGUGCCCAGCCCCUGUUCAUCCCCUUCCUGUCACUCCACCCCUGCCCAGCCCAACCGUGGUGGCAGUAACGGUGGUGGUGGCAAGGGUAAGGGCAAGGGCAAAGUAAAGGGUAACGGCGGUGGUGGCCGCUUCCAGCAGCAGUCCACCCCGUCUCAGACUUCGUCAGGCGGGCGUCCCGGCGUCCCUCCAGCCGGUUGUUGA